AAACCUGAGUUUGCUGCUUCCUCUUCUGCGUGUGUGUGUAUGAUUUUGGUUAUAUCUUUCUGCAUGUAAUUUUCUUAAUAUAAAUAAAUAAGGGUGCAGUCCUAUAAUGCUUCUUUGAAAAUAACUUCUGUUGAAGAGUAGAAAUUGCGAAGCACAAGUAGAUGUUUAGAUGUGUAUUGUGGGCAUCUGUAGGUUUACAACCCCCUAGAGGUAUCAAGGUUAGUUUCAUACAUCACAUUCAUAAGGAGUAGGCAUACAAUAUUCUACAUAGUGAAGAUUUGAAGUUGUGUGGAUUGCAUAGGUGUAAUGUUGUAUGUGUUUUGGCCAUAUAGGACACAUAUGGCAGUUUUAACUUGGGAGCAAUUUAAGAAUUCAAUAUGGUGUUUACUGAAUUAAAGAACUGGAUGAAAUGCAAAGAACAAGGAAACCUCAAGACAACAAAGUUUAGAAAGCACUUUCCCACAUUAUCAAUUUUCAUGCCUAUCUUUAGCAUGUGGUACACAACUGAGUUUGUAAAUUGUUUGCCCUUACAUUUGGCACCAUAGCUAUAGUUGAUUAGGAAACAAUAAGUCCUGAACUACAACAUCUUAAUAGUUGUCUCUGUUCAGACAGAUCUCUGAAGCAAAAUAUCCAGAGGUACCUAGAAGCCUUUGCUGUUAUUCUCAAGCAACAUGAAUUGGUCACAGAUGAAUGAAGAUUUGAGCUUCAGAAAACUAAUAAAUGGUUCAGAAUGUCCAGAAACUCUCAAGUAUGACUUUAAUAAAAAUGGGGAGCUUAGGCAUAUGGAUACCAAUGAACCUUUUGUUUAUGAUUAUCAAAAUUCACAUACUGCCAAUCACCGACAUUAUCAAUUUCUUGGAUACUUAAUUACUCAGUAUGUUUUUGAGCUCCUGGAAAAGACAUGCAAACUGCAAAAGAUUUACAUCCCAACAGAUGCUCCAGACAAUGAACUUUGCAGUUUUUUUUUCAUGAGUGAGAAUGCAUUAACUAAUUGCUCAACUUUAGUCGUCCUCCUUCAAGACAAGGGACCUUUUCGUGCAGGUCAGUGGGGACAAAAAGUCAUAGUUCGUGAAGGCCUCCAACACGGAUCUCAAAUACCAUUCAUCAUAAAGGCUCUGCAGUGCUCUUGGGGAGUGAUUGUUUUAAAUACCAAUGAUAACUUCAUUGAACUGAAGACAGAACAAGAAUGCUUAAGCCUCUCUGAGAAAAAAGACUCCACAUGUCCACUACAAUUACCCUCGGCAGUCCCAAAGAGAGAGAGCAGUACUCCUGAAGAGCAUACAAGUUACGUUUGGGACCAUUUCAUUUCAAAGAGCACAGCAGAAAAGGUGGCUUUCAUUGCCCAUGGCUAUGGAGGUUUGGUUUUCAUCGACCUCCUCAUGCAGAGAACUUCGGAGGUAAUGAACAAAGUAGGUGCUGUUGCACUUAUUGACUCCACACACCACACACCGCACCAGACACAAGGCAUUUCCCAGGUGCAGGCCUGGAUAUGGAAACAUUGCCGAGAGUGGGUAUCACACAGUGAACCUUUAGAUAAGUCAGUAGGCUUUAUGGUGAAAGUGGAUUGCCCUACAGUCUCCACAGGGACUGAAAAUUAUAGCCUGGCUCCUUCCUCUAGUCUACAGUCCAUUUUCAAAUAUCUUAAGAGUGCACUGAAAGUCUUCACUAAACAACCGGGCAAUCGUUCACCUAUUCUAACAAGGAGCAAAUCAAUGAAAACAAGUUAAGCAUCUGUUAUUCAUACCCAUUUUUUCUUCUAAUAGAAGUUUUGUACUAGUUUCGAUGCUAAAGCUUAUUGUUGAGGUAAAAGUACUUUAUUUAGAUAUUGAGCAUACCAUUACCAGUCUAAUAUUUGUUGUCCCAUUUCCAUUUCUGAAAGUUUAUGUGAAUGUUAAUAUAACAACCGUUCCUUGUUUCUGGGAAAACUUCCUUCCUUCCUUCCUUUGAAAAGU